AUCGGGACACUGGUGGCUUCAUUUUUCACCAAUGGAAAAGAGCGAAAGGGCGUCGUCCAUUUUAUAUACAGUCUAUGCCUCAACCCGGCUUGAUAGCGCCCACUUAUGGCAUUUUACUAAUCAUUCGAGGAAGACACAUUUACCUGUUAAUUCAAUAUGGACGAAUCUCUGCACUCGGACUUAGCAGAGGACGUAUCUACGUCCUCGAGCUUUCGUCAAUUCAAAAUAAAACACUUCCACUUGGAUCUAAGCUUGGAUUUUGAACAGAGAACUUUGAGAGGGACUGAAACACUACAGCUGAAAUGCAUCCAAGAUUCUCAAACCGAGCUACUGAUGGACAUUCACCCUUCUCUCUCCAUUCAGGAUGUGUCCUUUUGUGGAACUGAAGAAGAUUCGGGUUCAGUAAAAGUAGAAUUCCUUACGCGGAACUUCACCAGUUAUGGCACCACACUGGUUGUGAAAUGUCCAUCACCAUGUAAAAUUGAGGAGGAUAUUCAAGUGGUGAUCCAGUUUGUUGCAUCCGAUGGACCAGGGGUGUGCUGGCUGAAACCAGAGCAGACGGCUGGGAAGGCCAAACCCUACGUCUUCACCCAGGGCCAGGCCGUACUCAACCGCUCCUUCUUCCCUUGCUUUGAUACGCCAGCUGUCAAGAGCACCUACUCAGCCUCUGUGAAGGUCCCUGACGGUUUCACAGCCGUUAUGAGUGCCAGUAAGGGUGAGCACAGGAAGGCAGACAACACAUUCCUGUUCACUAUGGAGCAGCCCAUCCCCUCGUACCUGGUGGCCUUGGCUGUGGGAGACCUAGUCUCUGCUGAGGUUGGGCCACGGACCAGAGUGUGGACAGAGCCAUGCCUACUCCAGGCUGCCACAGAGGAGUAUGAUGGAGUCAUAGAGGAGUUCCUAGCUGUGGGGGAGAAACUAUUUGGACCCUACGUCUGGGGAAGGUAUGAUGUGCUGUUCAUGCCACCGUCAUUCCCAUUCGGAGGUAUGGAGAACCCCUGCCUCACAUUUGUCACCCCCUGCCUCUUGGCCGGAGACCGCUCCCUGGCUGAUGUCAUUGUGCAUGAGAUCUGCCAUAGCUGGUUUGGUAACUUGGUAACCAACGCUAACUGGGGUGACUUCUGGCUUAACGAGGGCUUCACCAUGUAUGCCCAGCGCCGGGUGUGCACAGAGAUUUAUGGAGAGGCCUACGCUAGUCUGGAGGCUGCAACUGGGAGAGCGUUACUUAGACAGCACAUGGACAACACCGGAGAGGACCACCCUCUAAACAAACUGCGUGUCAAGAUCAAACCAGGUGUUGAUCCUGAUGACACAUAUAAUGAGACGCCUUAUGAGAAGGGCUUCUGUUUUGUCUCCUACCUGGCCCACCUGGCUGGAGAGCAGAGUCGCUUUGACGCUUUCCUUAAGGCUUACAUUGACAAGUUCAAGUUCCGCAGUAUAAUGGCAGAGGAUGCCCUGGAGUUCUACCUUGAAUAUUUCCCUGACCUGAAGAAGAAAGACGUGCACAAAAUUGAGGGUGAAAGGCGGUCUCGAAGCUUGAGCGGGAUGUUUGUAACAGGAAACCGACCUCUUAUUCUCUCUGUGUUUUAUUUUCCAGGUCUGGAGUUUGAUACUUGGCUCAAUGUGUCUGGUUGGCCUCCCUAUCUUCCUGACCUGUCAGCCGGCCAGAGCCUGAUGAAGCCUGCUGAGCAGCUCUCGGAGCUGUGGGGUGCCGAGGGGCUCGAUAUGACCAGCAUUAGGAAGAUCAACAUCCAGGCCUGGAAGACUUACCAGACUGCCUACUUCCUAGAGAAGAUCAUAGAGAAGUCUCCACUGCCUAGAGGUAAUAUAGAGAAACUGGAGGGGGAAUACCCUCACAUUGUGAAGUCGAACAAUGCUGAGUUACGACUGCGCUGGGCACAGAUCAUCGCCAAAAAUCAGCACCAGCCAGGAUAUCAACAUGUGCGCAACUUCCUAAGCUGCCAGGGGAAACAGAAGUACACCCUGCCUGUGUACCGUGCACUAUGGAAUGGAUCAGAGGAGACAAGGGCUCUGGCCACGGAGAUCUUCAAUGCCACUUCCCAUCAACUCCAUAUCAAUGUCUGCAAAAAUGUCAAAAAGAUAAUCACCUGAGCACGGUUUUAGGAGCUGCACAUAAAGGUUUUGUGUAACAGAACAUGAUCUAGAGAUAUAAUAGGAGGAAAAGGAGUAGUAAUUGGCUGUCACAGUACUUUUCAAACAGCCUAAUUUUCCUUUACAGUGCUAUGGCAGGUGGUAAAUCAAAUAUUGUGUUUUGGGUCACAAACAAAAUAAGACCACUUAACAUUUUUUAACAUGUAUGGUUGUUAUUUGGCAUUAUACAAAUCAGACAGAAAGGCUAUUUGGGCAUAUCUUAUCUAAACUUCUGUUAAGCAAUAUUUUUGAUAAACAUGAAAAAUGUAAGAAUUACUUUGAAUUUAUGCUUUUUCAAGACAUGUUGUAAAAUUACAUUAUUUGCAAGUAAAUUGGUGGUUGGUGGUUUUUCCUCUACAAAACUA